AUGAAGAGGAAACAGGAAGCACAUUCUGCUGUGGGAAUAGACCUUGGCACAACGUAUUCAUGUGUUGCAGUAUGGCAGGAAGAACACUCUCGAGUUGAAAUCAUUCACAAUGAUCAAGGUAAUAGAACAACACCUUCUUUUGUUGCUUUCACCGAAAAUCAGAGAUUGAUCGGUGAUGCUGCCAAGAAUCAAGCUUCUGCCAACCCUCAAAACACCGUCUUUGAUGUCAAGAGGUUAAUUGGUAGGAAGUUUAGUGAUCCUACUGUUCAAGAUGAUAUACUUUUAUGGCCAUUCAAAGUCGUUUCUGGUGUUGACGACAGACCCAUGAUUAUAGUUAAGUACAAAGAUCAAGAGAAGCAACUCUAUGCCGAAGAAGUAUCAUCCAUGGUACUCACCAAGAUGCGAGAAAUUGCUGAAAAAUAUUUAGAAUCACCAGUUAAGAAUGCAGUUGUUACUGUACCAGCUUAUUUUAAUGAUGCUCAAAGAAAAGCAACUAUAGAUGCGGGUGUUAUUGCUGGCCUCAAUGUGAUGAGAGUAAUGAACGAACCCACUGCCGCAGCGAUUGCAUAUGGCCUUGACAAGAGAACUGGUUGUGUUGGAGAACGGAAUAUUUUAGUGUUUGAUCUUGGGGGUGGCACUUUUGAUGUUUCUAUACUAAGUAUUAAGGACAGCGUCUUCCAAGUUAAGGCCACAGCCGGAAAUACUCAUCUCGGGGGAGAGGACUUUGAUAAUAGAAUGGUGAACUACUUUGUACAAGAGUUCAAGAGAAAGAACAAAGUUGACAUUAGUGGGAAUUCAGGAGCUUUGACGAGGCUGAGAAAGAACAAAGGCGAGAUUAGUGGGAAGUACUCAAAAGCUUUGAGGAGGUUGAGAACUGUUUGUGAGAGGGCAAAAAGGUCCCUUUCUUUCCUCCUUACCGCCACUAUUGAAAUAGAUUCUUUAUUUCAAGGCAUUGACUUUUCUUCAUCAAUCAAUAGAGCCAAAUUUGAGGAAAUGAAUAUGGACCUUUUUAAUGAGUGUAUGAAGAUUGUUGAAAGUUGUCUAAUGGAUGCUAAGAUGGACAAGAGCAUGAUAGAUGAUGUUGUCCUUGUUGGUGGAUCUUCUAGGAUUCCUAAAGUACAGCAGCUAUUACAGGACUUUUUCAACGGGAAGGAGUUGUGCAUGAGCAUCAAUCCUGAUGAGGCAGUCGCUUAUGGGGCAGCUGUUCAGGCUGCAUUGUUGAGCCAAGACGUUAAGAACGUUCCAAAGUUGGUGCUUCAGGAUGUUACACCUUUGUCUCUUGGCAUAUCAAUAGUUGGAGAUAUCAUGAGUGUGGUGAUUCCAAGGAACACUCGCAUUCCUGUCAAAAAUACACAACAAUAUUUUACCGUUGAAGAUAACCAAUCAUAUUCCUUGAUUAAGAUUUAUGAGGGUGAGAGAACAAGAGCUAGCGACAACAGUUGGCUUGGUUCUUUUACUCUUUCUGGUCACACCCCAGCUCCUCGUGGUCACACUUACGAUGUUUGUUUUUCUAUAGAUGAAAAUGGUAUUUUGACAGUUUCUGCUACGGAAAGUUCCACCGGCAAAACGAGUAAAAUUACAAUAACCAAUCACAGAGAUAGAUUGUCAAGUGAGGAAAUUAAAAAAUUAAUUCAAGAAGCUGAGGAUUACCAACUUGAAGACAAGAAAUUCCUAAGGAAUGCCAAAGCGCUGAAUGAUUUGGAUGACUACAUUUACAAAAUGAGAAAUGCUUUAAAGAAAAAGGAUAUUAAUCUAAAGCUCUCCUCUCAAGAAAUUGAGACUAUCAAAUCUACAGUUGCUGUGAUUACAAAGUUGGUUGAUGAGAAUAACCAAGAGGUGGAAAUAGAUGUUAUGGAGGACCAUCUAAAUGGACUUAAGAUUACCAUGGAAGACAUUUUACCAAAGACUAUUUAG